AUGAUACAGUGGCGCCAUCUUGUACAGGUUUCAGUGCAUUGCAGAAAAUUUAUUAUACCUGGUGUAUCCUCCAUAGCAGAAAGUACGAAGAGUGAGCAAAUUGGCAGAAUAAGGACGUAAAUAGCUCUCGGACGCAUCGUAAAGGAUAGCAAACAAAUCGCAAGUUGAAAGAAGAAAAUAAAAGUGAGGAAGGAAGUGACAAAGAACAGGAAAACAAGUUUCUUCUUCUGGUCAACAGUGUAGCAAAUUAUUUUAUAUCUUUCUGCAUUUUCGGUGACAAACAUCUUAAGAUGCCGAAUAUCAAGUUGCAAAGUUCCGAUGGCGAGGUUUUUGAGGUGGAUGUCGAUAUUGCCAAGUGUUCCGUUACUAUAAAAACCAUGUUGGAAGAUCUUGGAAUGGAUGAAGAUGAAGAAGAAGUUGUACCUCUUCCAAAUGUUAACUCUGCUAUCCUAAGAAAGGUAAUACAAUGGGCUACUUAUCAUAAGGAUGAUCCGCCACCACCUGAGGACGAUGAAAACAAGGACAAGCGUACCGACGAUAUAAGUUCUUGGGAUGCUGAUUUUUUAAAAGUUGAUCAAGGAACAUUGUAUGAAUUGAUUUUGGCUGCAAAUUACCUUGACAUAAAAGGAUUAUUAGAAGUGACCUGCAAGACCGUUGCCAAUAUGAUAAAAGGCAAGACGCCUGAAGAAGUCCGUAAAACAUUUAACAUAAAAAAUGACUUUUCUCCAUCGGAAGAAGAACAAGUUCGAAAGGAGAAUGAAUGGUGUGAGGAAAAAUAAAUCAUCUGUGUAAAACAAUGUUUAAAUAUUAACAUUAUUAAAUAUUGAUUAAAUAUUAUUAUUAAUUAAAUAUUAUUAAUUAAAUAUUAUUCAUAUACAAAA